GGGUGGUGUCUUAAGAUAUUCUUUUUGUUUGCAAUAGUUUUGUUAAUGUAUUUUUUAACCAUUGUCCAAGAGAAGCUGGAGUAGUUCAUGCCCUUGCAAAAUUAGCUCGAAUAAUGAACAUAUUUAGUGGCUUAGGUAUCCCAGCUCUAUUAUAAAUUUGUUUUUCUCUAUUGUAAACUUAGCAUUGGGUAGAAGGAAAUUGUUAUAGAAUUAUUUACCUGAUUUUAAAAUAAAUAUAUAUUAAAAUGUAUUAUUUUAAAUUCCCCGACGUAAAAUAGAAGAGGGAGAAGAGAGGCGAGAGGGAAAAACGAAUUUGAGACGAUCUUCCAGAAACCCUCUGUGUAACUGCUCCGUUUCAUCAAUGGGGUUUUGGGGUCUAGUGGUCGAAAGUGGAAAGUCUGAAGUGGUUGAACACGAUUGCUCGUUCUUGCAUCUUGCACAGGCUUCUCUUGGUGAGAUCAAGAAAGAAGAAGGCAGUGAACCUGUUAUGCUGACUGCAAAAGUUGGUGAUCAGAAAUUUGUUGUUGGGAGGCUUUCAGAAAAGGUUCCUCAGCUUUUACUUGAUCUUGUAUUUGAUAAGCCAUUUGAGCUAUCGCAUAACUGGAAAAAUGGGAGUGUCCACUUCACAGGAUAUAUAGUUGAAAAUUCCAAUUCUGAGUCUGAUUCUGAUUCUGAAGAUGAGAACGUGCCUAUUCCCAUUGAUCAUGGUGUAUUUUCUGGAAACUUAAACCUGCGGUCUGAAGAAGAAGAAAAAGUUACGAACUCGAAUAACAUUUUGAAUUCUUGUCAAAGAGGAAGCCGUGGGCCUUCUGGGGACGAAGAAAACGAUUCAUCUUCUGAUGAUGAGUCUGAUAGUGAUGAUGAAGAGCUGGUCAACGAUGACGGGAAAAGCAGUGAAGAUGAGGAUGAAAGUGAGGAUGGGGAUGGAAGCGAGGAUGAAGAAAGUGAUGACAGUGAGGAGGAGGAUGAAGAGAAGAAGGUUGAAAUUGGCAAGAAAAGACCUGCUGAAGCUGCCACUCCGACUACUGAAAAGAAGGCGAAAUUGAUAACCCCUGAAAAGACUGAUUCAAAGAGUGGGGGCAGUAAAGUACGUAGUCAUGUACCAACUCCUCACCCGGCAAAACAAGCUAAAAAAACUGCAGCUAUAUCUGGGAAAGCUUUCCCUUGCACGCAGUGCAGCAGAUCCUUUGGCUCCGACAUUGCUUUACAAUCUCAUACGAAGGCCAAACAUGCUCCUGCCAAGUGAAGCUUAUUCUAGUGUUUGUUUAAGUGAGAAUUCUACGUUUAGCAAUUGCUACCAAGUUUCAGUAGAUUUCAUAAUUAGGGAUUAGUGUUUCUAUUUUUAUUUUUUGUUUCCUUACAAAUUAGGAGUAAUAUUUAUUUAGCAAGCAUUUUUUCAUUGAAGACAUUUCGUAUUUUUGUUAGUUGUAGUCAAGAGUCCAUUAUCAUUUUAUGGUUGAUGACGAAGCAAAUACUAGUAUUUAUUUUCUAAGCUUGAAAGGCAUUUUACUCAUCAAUGAUUUAACUUGUAAAAAAAUGUAAUGGUAUGUGAGUCAACAAGCAUUUUGAUGUAGCAACUCAAUUAACAUUAAAACCACAAAAAUAUCCAUAUUAGGCACCACAUUGCUCUUCAAAUUAAAAAUACAAAAAUCUAAAUCUAAAAGUUUUCAUAGGCUUAAAACAUGUCACAAUUAUCAAAAAGAAAAAAAAAAUCCACAAUUUAAAACGGCAUCUUCCUGGAGAAUCUAUAAGCAGCCUAUCAAAAUAGAGGGUAGAGCUAGGGUGUACAGAUCGAUCCCUUGAGAUAGGAAAAAGCUUUAC